UUCCCCUGCCCUGACUGUAAUUCUGCAUCCCAGCGCUGCUCAACCGAUCGCUUGACAUAACACAAAUUAGGUACUGAGCGCUCGGCCUGUUCUAUGCUCUGACGCUACUGCUCCCCUUUGUCGACAGCAUUUUUUUUUUGUGCUUUCCUUUUUUCUUUUUCGUAACUUUUUUCUAUGGCAAUUUUACUUCUUGACAUCUCACCUAUUCUUUCGGGAUAAUCGGCGUGUUUGCUUCAAAAUAUUGAUCAAAAGGUGCUACUUGCUGCGUUUCGUUCCGUUCCGUACGUACAGACAGACCUACCUUACCUACCAGGUAGUUGAGUUGCGGUACUUGCCUACACCUACCUACCUGCCUUGUUUCCACGGUACUUGCGAAGGCUCCGCGGUUAAAAACUGCGCUACUCGGUCGGUCCGGACCUUCACCAAAAGCCACACUCACCCGCCAUCCGUCUAUUUAUCACUCGAAAUCAACCACCGCAUUUGACAUUGCAUUGCAUUGGGCGUCAAGACUUCAUCACCCUUUUGAGACGGGGUGCAUGGCAUUCCGUCCAACAUGAUUCGCCCUCUCCAGUGCCCAAGACGUCCUGCAAGCUAAGUCCCCUUCAGCGGCAAGUGGCAUGACAAGGCCUACUCGCAACCUACAUUCCAAUCCAACAACUUCCAUCCUCUCGCCAUGGAUCGAACAGAUGCCAAUCCACAGGUUUCAUCCAGCAAUGUCUCCUCGGCCACUAGCUCUCCACUUCCCUCGAGGGAGCCUUCUCCGACUAGGUCUUUGAGACAGUCUAUUGCCGCGGCGAGGAAUCCCGCAGGACCCGGGACGCGCUCGCGCAAGAACAGCCAGAACGAUUCUCGGGCUGCGACACGUAACAACGGCGUGACUGCACAACUGCAACAAAAGAACCUCUUUGGAGCUACCGCGCCCACCCUCAUGCCCACCUCGACCGAAGCGAACCCCAGGUCCUCGUUGCCCCAAAAAUCGUCUCCUACCGCCCUCGUUCUCGAACCACAGCGUGACUCGCCCAGGUGGCCAGUCUCGCCUCGUCUUAGAUCUCCGCCACCUAUAUUGAACAAACCCCCAGUUGUCAAUUUUCAACGGUCUACGCCUCCUUUGCCCUCCGAUCAGAGCUAUUCGGACGUUGAGGCCGACGAGGGCCAUUUACAACCUGGGAUGCGAACACCGGCCCGAGCUGCCAAUACUUCAACAUCAACCCUCGAAACCGUGCAGGAGGUGAGCCCGCUUGCAUCACCGUCAUUAGAAGCCAUCGGCGCUGCUCUGGAGAACUUGCAAGAGAGCCUUGCCGCAGAGGGGAGCUCUCAGGUCGAUCCUACCGAGUAUCCGGCGAGUCAGGCUAGCAAAGCCGAAAGUGGAAGCGAAUACGGUACCGUUCGACGAGCGAAUGUGACGUCCGCACCCCCUCAGCUCAUAAGCCGGCAGUCCAGCACUUCCAACCUUGCGAGGAGCGCAAAGAACAAACCCAGCGAGGGUACAGUCAAGACCAUGACAGUAGAAACCGAGACAGUCACAUCGAUUCCGAGCGUGGCGUUAGCUCCAUCGGGAAUUCAGGGGGCCAAUGGGAGUCUGCGGACGAAGCCAAGCUCCGAAACUAUCCGUCCUAAAAAGGAAAAGAAGAAGUCGGCCAGGAAACAGCAGGCGGUGCAGAACAGUGCCGCAUCGUCCAAAGCCGACAACUUCGAAGCCAAGAUUGCUAGUGCCGUUGACGAGGCCGACACGUCUGACUCGGAGGAAACGUUUGUUUAUGAUUCUAACCCUCCAGAUGCCCGCGACAGGCCACACUCGAAUCGGUUCCACUCGCGAACUCCCAGCGCUGCCUCAAUGGUGAGCCAACUUGCUGCUGACCGGAAUGGCAUGCGUUCGAUACACAGCGUCAUGGAUGGUCAUGCUCCUGCAGCUAGUCUGGCCCUCAAAAAGAAGAAGUUCUCCAACUCUUACAGCACGAGCAGUAACAACGCCGGGUCGGGCCCGGCGGCUGAUGGCAGUCCGAUGCUUCAUGCCACCGAGGACGAUGGGCAUACUAGGGGUGGCUCGUCGAACCAAGGCUCAGCUCGUGGCACGGCGCAUCGCCAACCUCACCACCAUUUUGGGGUGUGGGGGCGCAAUGCCGGAGGCAACGGUCAUACGUAUCUGUUCGACAAUGAAUCUCCUUUCAGUUCUGGCCCCAAAACCAGGCUAUCAGGUAGUAGUGGCGUCGUCGGCUCUGUGCGACCCUCACCUGGCCCACCGAGCCCUCGCUUUACCAACUUGUCGUCACCCCGAAAUGCUGCCGGAAGUGGCAAAAAGAAUCAGGGCUACGGGGCUAUGGGGAUGUACGAUCUAGACGAUACGACUACAACAGGUGCCGACGAUGAGCGGGCAUCGCUCCUGCCAAGCUCGGUUCGAUCUAACAGGUCUCGCCGAGGACCUCGUUCAUAUCAUCAUCACUCCCUCGGUGGGGGUCAUCAUCUACCUCACGUACCCUACCGCCAGCACCUUCACGGACACCCGCCGUCGUUGCUGAAUAGAAUGGCCAGCUGCCUAGUACUGGCUGUUAUGCUUCUACUAGUAGUGUCGGGGGCCAUUGGCUUUAUGUUUGCCACGUCUCAGCCCCUCACCAACGUUGAGCUUGUUAAAAUUGCAAACGUCAUUGCUAGUGAACAAGAGCUCAUGUUCGACAUGACCCUCAAGGCACAAAAUCCCAAUGUCGUCGUCGUUGUGGUAGAUUCUUCAGACCUGGAAAUAUUCGCCAAAUCACCGCACGCGGGAACCGAUGCCGACUGGAGGCCCGCCGGAACCAAGUCAAAUCCAUCUCGGCCGCGCUCGUCGAGACGAAAAGGUAGAGGGCGCGGGGCAUCUGGUACCUUGCCAUUUUCGUUGGCCCCGGUAGACUCUCUCGACGAACCGAGCGACGACCAGCCGGCUGAUGACACGGCUCCAAACAUGCGCUUGGGCACGAUUUUCGACCUGGACCAGCCCUUCUCCUUCGAAGGAUCUUUCUUCAACAAGGGAGCCUCGAUCUCUACAGGCGGUCUUCGGUUACAGCGACCUGGUAACGGGACCGAAGGCGGCACGGAAAGAUGGGAACGUAUAGUGGAGGACGAAUUCGAUCUCAUCCUCAAGGGCGUUCUCAAAUAUACGCUGCCCCUGAGCCAGCGCGUUCGCACCAUUGCCAUUGCUGGCCGCACACAAGUCAAACCAAACUCGGCCAAUGAUCCGGGCACGGGACCGAAGAAGCCUGACUAAAUGAAAAUCGUUGAAAGUUCCUUGGCUGCCCUUUCCAGCUAGCGCUCCACCUCGAGGGCCCAACUUCUUUCUUUUACAACUUCCAAUUUACGUUUACAUGUUGCCAUUUUCUCAUACAGGUAGCUGAGGGGUUUUUUUCCUAUUUUAUUUCAACAGCAGGUUUCGAUCCGGUCAGCACUUUUUUACAAGGUGAACAUCAUCUCUUAUUAGCGAAAGGAGUUUCGGUUUAGGCGAAAGUAACACAAAUCCCCAGGCGCGUCAUGAGGGCCAUCACCCAGAAUUACAAUAUAAAGUCAUGUUCUUUUAUUUUUAUUCGCCUCCGUGCAGCCUUUGCGUCCGACACUGCCAUUUUUACACUCGUUCACAACUCGGAUGUCGAUUAUCGCAGCCCCUUUUACACUUUCCAUACCCACGUUGUAGAUCAAUGAUUCGACGAGAAGAUAAAUUCAAGAAGCGGCGGAACAAAAGGAACUAGAUUAUAGAAGUGUACGUUGACCGGGAGAAACCCAUGGUCUUCCUCGCUGUCAGGUCACUGUGAAUAUGUGCAUAUCUUUGCUAAUGUUAGUGUAAGAAAGACC